CAACAAUCAACAUUCAAUUUGGAUUUAGUAGUCUAGUUAGUUUCGUUUCGUCCGGCAAGUCCUCUGUCGGGAGCCCUGUGUUCGACUGUUCGUUUUCGUUCGACAUAGAGAAGGAUUGGCUGUAUACACCGUUUUAAAUUGGUGGUAUCAGGAUGGCCAGUGAGGAAAUCACUCCGACUUCGUCUCACCCCGCCCUGGAGUCGGUCACCAUGACCCUACACAAGGCAGACCUCUGGAGACAGUUCCACCAGCACGGCACGGAAAUGAUCAUCACCAAAACUGGAAGGAGGAUGUUCCCUUACCUCCGUCUGCAAGUUAACGGCCUCAACCCCAACGCUCGCUACUUCCUUGUGCUGGAGCUCGCCCCCGCUAGUGAGUUCCGCUACAAGUUCAGCAGCGGGGGCAGUUGGAUGACGGUGGGGACUGCCGAGCCCCAGAUGCCGUCCAGUGCUAGGGUCUAUAUACACCCUGACUCCCCCGCCACAGCGGCACACUGGAGCGGACAACAGGUGUUGUUCAACAGGGUCAAACUCACCAACAACAACCUCGACCGUUCCGGCAAUAUUGUUCUCAACUCCAUGCACAAGUACGUUCCCACUGUACACGUGAUCAUGGCCACAGACGUGCUCGCUCUUCACUGGAGUCCACGAGCCACAUUUGUGUUUCCUACGACUGAGUUCAUGGCAGUCACUGCCUACCAGAAUGAAAAGGUAACGAAAUUGAAGAUCGACAAUAAUCCGUUUGCCAAAGGCUUCAGAGAAGGAGGGGACGGAGUCUUCCGAUCAAAGAAGCGCAAAGCUGAACAACAAGCCAAAGAGGAUGAAAGACUCAAGAAAACUUGUGCUAAGCAAGAGUUGGAGAGGUCCACAGAUGACAGUGGUGUCUCGUCCAUGGGUUCCCCCACCCCUCCCACCACUACGACUCCCGUCACUUCACAACUUGACAGAUACUCGCCUCAGCUGCCGCCGAGGUUCAUGAUACCCGACAUGAAUCCUUACUUUCAUCCGUCUCUUUGGCACUACCCAUAUUUUCUCCCACCUCCACCCCCUCUAUUUCACUCCCCCUACUACGCACACCUUCUUCCCCCCCUCACUCCAAACAUCGAGCCUUACGAGUCUUUCCUGAUGGAUCUGAGAGUCAAGAAGGAAACCAUCACAAUCACAAACCAGUAAAGUGUAUUUGUUUUUUUCAUUUGUUACCAAAGAAGUUGUUUUUGUUAAUUUUUCAUGUAUAUAAUUUAUUUAGUAUUUUGUUACAAAGGAGAAAUUUAGUUCCUCGCAAUAGAAUAAGUUAUUAGUAAUUUAUACUAAGGUUAUUUAGUUCCUCUUUUUGACGUGUGUGUAAUAUGUAAAAAAUCAAUUUUGUUACUAAGGUUAUUUAUAUCACGUUGUAAGUGAUUUGUAUAGAUGUUGAUAUUCGAGUGUACAGUUUUGUAAUAUUUGUUUUGUUUUUUAG